CGCCGGGGGACGGGGCAGUGGCGGGGCUCGGAUAGGGUUCUUGCGCCCCCUUGGCCGGCCCACCUCUUCAAACAGAAGCUGUGCAUCGGGGACACAAUCAUUGUUGUUAGCUCACGCUGCAUUCAGCCCCCCUGGCGCCGGGGGCGGCUGCGAUGGGAAACAAAGCUGGAGCUCUGCUAGCAGGACGCCUGCUGCUGGCCCUCCUAUGUGUGGUGCGCAACGGGGCGGCCAUGUCAGGGCCAAGCGACACCUGGGCCGUGAUCAUCAGCAGCUCUCGCUUCUGGCUGAACUACCGGCACAGCAGCAACGCUCUGGGCGUCUACCAGGCCGUCAGGAGGCUGGGCAUCCCCGACAGCCGCAUCAUCCUGAUGCUUGCGGAGCAGCCCGCCUGCUCGCCGCGCAACGUCCAUCCCGGCCAGCUCUACCUGGCGCCGGGGGCUGGCGCAGCAGCUGGCGGCAGCAGCGGCGCCAUGCUCAACCUGCUGAGCGGCGAUGCGGAGGUGGACUACCGGGGGCGGGAGGUCAGCGUGGACAGCGUGCUGAGGGUGCUGACAGGCCGCCACCCGCCGGGCACCCCCGCCUCCAAGCGCCUGCGCUCCGGCCCCGCCUCCCGCGUGCUGCUCUACCUCACCGGCCACGGCGGCGACGAGUUCCUCAAAUUCCACGAUGAGGAGGAGCUGCUGGCUGCCGACAUUGCGGGGGCGGUGCACCAGAUGGCGGCGGCGGGGCGGUACGGCGAGCUGCUGCUGGUGGCAGACACCUGCCAGGCCAGCACGCUGUACGGGCGCAUCGCCGCCGCCGCCGCGCCCAACGUGCUGGCAGUGGCCAGCAGCAAGCUGGGCCAGAGCUCCUACGCCCACCACAUCGACCCGGUGGUGGGGCAGCAUGUGGUGGACCAGCUCAGCUUCCACCUGCACCAGUUCCUCAGCGGCAGCGGGCCGGGCCCCAGCCCCAGCCUGCAGCAGCUGCUGGACUACCUGGGUGCGCAGCGGCUGUCGUCAGAGGUGCAGGUGCGCACCGACCUGUCGCCCCGCCACCCCGCCCGGGUCGCAGUCACCGACUUCUUCGGCGCUGCAAUGCCAGGGGCUCCAGCAGCGGGAGGCGCCUCUCCAGCCCCGGUCGGGUGCGUGGGAGCGGGCGCAGAGGGCAGCCGCGCAGCCGCGGCGCUGCUGCAGCUGGCGGCGCAGCAGCAGCGGGGGCACGGCACAGCGGCCGCUGCGCGGCAAGGGCAGCAGCAAUGCUGGCAUCAGCAUCAGCAUCGGCAGCAGCUCCUGCCCUUGUGGCAGCAGCUGGAGGCAGCAGGUGGCAGCAGCGACGCCGCAAGUUGGCUGGUGGCGGGCCGCGGCACGGAGGCGGCUGUCGUGGCGGCCGCAUGGGCCAUUGCGGUUGUGCUGUUGCGCGUGCUGCUCCAGUAUUGA